CUGAGCCGUUUUCAAGUUUUUCCAGAUCCGUACGACAAGUAUGAACGACCUCCGAUGGGCUUUAUUGUGCAUAGUAAGGAGAAAGGUUUUCCUGAAUUUGGAUGGAUCGCUGUGCAUUUGGACCCUGACUCAGUUGAGGCCGAACUAAAUGCGUUAUAUGAGACCGCUGAAAAUUUUCGGAAGGAAAAUAAACUUGAUGAUGUACUUUUGGCGGGAGACAUGAAUGCUGACUGCCGUUACCUCAGCAAGCGGAGAAUGCGGGAGCUGAGGUUGAUCAAAGAUACUCACUAUUACUGGCUUAUAAACGAUGAAUGUGACACAACUGUACAUUCAAACAACUGCGCAUUAGAUCGCAUGAUUGGUUAUGGCACAAAUCUGAAAAGUGCAGUAAAGGGCCAACGGGGAAACGCAUACCGCUAUGAUAACGAAUUGAAUUUGGAUAUCGACACGAUUUUGAUACGAUAUGAUGUGGUCGUCAUACUGGAAAUCAGAGACAAGAAAGGAACUGCAUUCCAGAAACUUUUACAAGACCUCAACCAACAGUCCAACGAGUCGUACGCGUCGUAUGUGAGCGAAGCCCUUGGGAGGACAACAUCAAAAGAACAGUAUGGUAUUCUCUACAAACCAACAAAAGUGACUGUGACUGGUAUCAGUGUGUUUCCAGAUCCGCAAGACAAGUUUGAACGUCCUCCCAUGAGUUUCAUUGUGAAUGUGGAAGGAGGUUCACUUAAGUUUGGAUGGGUGGCUGUACAUUUGGACCCUGACGCAGUGGAGGCUGAAUUAAAUGCACUGUAUGAAAACGCUGAAACAUUCCGGAAGCAACAUAAACUGGAAAACGUCCUUUUGGCUGGCGACAUGAAUGCUGACUGCCGUUAUCUGAGCGACCGAAAAAUGAAGCAGCUGAGUUUGAUGAAGGAUACCAGCUAUGUCUGGCUCAUAAGCGACGGACAUGACACAACGGUACACUCAAAUAACUGUGCACUAGAUCGCAUGAUCGUUUAUGGUGACGAGCUCAUGAGUGCAAUAAAAGACCAACAAGCGCAAGCAUACCGCUAUGAUGAUGAAAUGAAAUUGGAUCACAAAACGGCAAAGGAUAUCAGUGACCACUAUCCAGUCGAAUUCGAGCUAGAGGAAAUGAACAAACCCAAAGAAGCUGCAUCCAGGCGAAGAAGAAAGCGGAAUUGAAGCAUUACAAACAACAUAUCCCUUUUCGUUGUAAUCAGCACUGAUGAUUUCUUUCAGUUAUGGCAAGUGCAUAUAAAUG